CCGGCUGCGUCCGGCCUAGCGGGUUGGGCGGUUGGCCCUCCGGGGUGUGGCCGCCGCGGGCCCCUCCUCCGCGGUCUCCUGGUCGUGGGGGUCGCUCCGGUCUCUGCUCAGGUCUCGGCUCCCGGUCGCACUGCCGCCCGCUGCUCUCCUGCUUUCUGGACCAUGGCCCACACCGAGCGCACCUUCAUCGCUGUCAAGCCGGACGGCGUGCAGCGCAGCCUGGUGGGCGAGAUCAUCAAGCGCUUCGAGCAGAAGGGAUUCCGCCUCGUCGCCCUGAAGCUGCUUCAGGCCUCUGAGGAACUCCUGAAGGAGCACUACAUAGACCUGAAAGACCGCCCAUUCUACCCCGGGCUGGUGAAGUACAUGGGCUCAGGGCCAGUCGUGGCCAUGGUCUGGGAGGGGCUCAAUGUAGUGAAGACCGGGCGAGUAAUGCUUGGGGAAACCAAUCCAGCAGAUUCUAAGCCAGGUACCAUUCGUGGGGACUUCUGCAUUCAAGUUGGCAGGAACAUCAUUCAUGGCAGUGACUCAGUAAAAAGUGCUGAGAAAGAAAUCAGCCUGUGGUUUAAGCCUGAAGAGUUAGUUGAGUACAAGUCUUCUGCUUUUGACUGGAUCUAUGAAUAAGAGGUGGACAGAGCAUCAGUCCCCUUUGGCAUCGCUUGAUGUGUCCCUGGACACAGCUCUUCAUUCCACUGACUUGGAAGCAACAGGAUGGAGCUUUCUUUCCUAAAGCAUAUUUACCAAUAAAGCCUUUGGAAACUGG